UAAGUAUAAAAAAUAUUUCUCUAAAGAAUACCAUCAAAAUUGAAGUUCCUAGUCCGUAGGUUUGUAUCACAACUAGGUAAAUAUCCAGUGAAAAUAUUACCCUUGGCUGUUUUGUUCCGCAGACCAACAUCCGGACCGGAAUCGUACUGUCGCUUCUGCUAUUCGGUGUCGAGCGGUUUAGCUCCCAUUUUUCCUGCAGCAACGGCGGACAAUUCCCCCGUGCCAUCGCCGACCUCUUCGAGCGGGUAAUCGGAAUUAAAUUGACGGUUGUUGAUGACUUUCCAUCCGCCGUAUGUGAACAGUGUCUUUGCAAACUGGAAGAACUCGAUCACUUCCCUAGAAAGUGCAUCAUCUAUAGGGGCGAAGCCAUUCGAACGGAGAUCUUUGGGAAAGGACCGGAUGAGCCAAUGGAAGAAUCUAAAGCGGGAAUGGUGAGUCCAAACUCCACUGAAGGCGAUGGCAAUCCGAUAAAGAUGAGUUAUCUCCGUUAGUUUUUAUUCACCUGGCUUGCAAUCCUCUAUUAUUCGAUAUUUGGUUCAACAAGUGCGUGCCACAGUAAGUCAGCAUGGAACUACCAGAAAAUAUGACCGUUAACGAUCUUCCACCAGAGAUGAUGGAGAAAAUAUUCGAACAUCUCACAUUCCACGAACGCCUGCUGAUAUCCGCUACUUGUAAACUGUGGCACAAGGUGAUAUUUGGCCCCCAAUUUUGCAAAAGGCUAUUUCUACAUUUGAGGACAUUGGAUGACCUUGUUAAGAAACCUUAUGCAAAGGAGAUGAUGGGACGUUGUCGCAAUGUAAACGUUUCAUGUUCGCAUUUCGGAGAAAAUGAAUUGAAAUUGUUGAAGGACUAUAUGUCAGGAUCUUCCCUCGAGAAACUCAAAAUCUCCACAAGUACACAAACUGGCAAACAUAUCGUCGAGGCCGCUCUGCAAGUUUUGAUAGAGUUAGAAACUUUGCAUCUUGAUCUGCAGGGGAGUUACGAUGGUGAAGUCAUACAAAUCAGUCAUCCAAAACUAAAACGUAUUGUAUUGAAUGGGCAGUGGAACUAUGUAAUAGAAUGUGGCAGUUUGACCACUCUAGAAUCAAAUCAGGUGAACGAAAUAAGUGCUCAAGGCGUGGGUGCUUUACGGAGACAAUUACGUAGCCUGAAACUCUCCGGUUUACACAAAGAUCUUUUCAAUGCUGCUACAUCCGAUAUUAUAUCUAGUUCACGCUGGGAUUAUUUGCGAGAACUUUGCUUCAUUUAUCCACCGUCAUUAGAGCACCUCGAGAGAAUGCUGGAGAAAAUGCCUUGUUUAGAGAGCUUGAGCUUGUAUAAAUCCAACCAAAUCGUAACUGGAAAAGAGCUUGCACCAGCAACACGUUUGUCUGAAUUAACAUUGGGAAAACAAUGUAUAGAAACGGUUUCAUUGAAUAUAUUCCUUGCUCGUUCGUCUUUGCACAGGCUUUCAUUGCUAAACUGCACGUUUUGUGCUACAAAUGUGCCACUGACAUCAGAUUCCAUUGAACGACUAUCUUUCCAACCUGUUUAUGGAGAAUUGUUACCACUGUUCCCAAAUUUAAAAGUCUUAGAUGUAGAAGGCACACAGGAAACAGAUUUCAGCUCUAUAUUGAAGCAAAUAAGCAAAAAUUAUAAAAGGCUGGAACGUCUGACAAUCGGUGUGAAAUGUGGAGAAAUUGGACAGUUCGCAGUAUGUCUUGCGACAGAAGCAAGCCUUACCAUCCCGUUUUCGCUCCCGACGGAAUUGGACAGACUGAAAGUUAUUCAAAUAAAUCGAAUGGAUUUAAACAAAAUCGAUUGGAUCGCGUGUACAGGCAGUAAGGUGGAAUAUAUCCGACUGAAUGGUUGCAGUAUAAACGGAAUUGGAUGUAAGAAUUUGGUUCAGACUUUCAAACACCUGCGAACGUUGUAUCUAGACCAUUGCUAUCUCCGACUACCUCGUGCUGAUCUAUUCGAUAUUGACGAGACCUGCAGUAAAGGACUGCGCACAUAUGCUCCACACUGUAAAAUUUCAUAUUACGAUUGUCACAUUGAAGAUUUGUACGAUUACUGUGGAAGAAGUGGGCCUGUCAUCUAAGUUCCAAUAUGUACAUCCCAAUUAAAAAAUCAUCAAAUAAAUAUGUAUUUCUAAAAUUGACUUGAAGUAACUUUUCCGAGAUUCCUCUCCUAUAAUUAGCCUUAACAAUAGUGUUAUAAGCAAAUUGACUAAUUCCAUUUGGAUGCUUGUCACAUAAGCAGCUGCUUCAAUGUUGCAGGUGUUAUUUGUACAGAAUCAUGCCACGACACAAUGCUGUUGGGGAACAUUUCCCUCGUCUUCCUCUCGCAACCCCCGUUCGCAACUGCAUUGGGGUCUCCGGUGUCAUCAACGAUAUGGCAACGGUCAACAUGUAACCGUUGGAG